UUGCCUUCCCAAAGCUGCCAUGGAGACGAAGCCCAAGCGUGCAAAAACUGAAGCAGCAAAUUCGACUGAUGCUCUUUCAUUUGUCUCAGACAUUUGUGGCACACUCAAGAAGCUGAAGAGGACUGGCUGGGUCAUGAGAAAGGUGCCUUUGCCUGAAAGCGAUUCGGAUCAUAUGCAUCGUUGCGCCAUGUGUGCCAUGCUCCUUACCCAGCCGCCUGACCCUCGCGACGACUACUCUGGCGCUGAACGCUUUCAUCCAGACAAGGUGGACAAAGUGCGGCUGCUGCGGAUGACAGUGACUCAUGACCUUUGUGAGGCCCUUGCAGGUGACAUCACGCCAUACUGCAAUGCAGAUCUGGUGGCAUCUAAGCACCAGAAGGAGGAUCAGGCUAUGCAAGCGAUUCGCAAAGUUGUUGGAGACCCUUUGGGCAGCGAACUGUACGAGCUUUGGAAGGAGUAUGAAGAGCUUGAAACAGUGGAGGCGAUCUACUGCAAGGACAUCGACAAAUUUGAGAUGGUUGUCCAGGCAUUUGAGUAUGAGAAAGAGCACCUGAAACCAGCUAGUGAGGUGGGAAAUGCUGAUCCCCAUCGGAAUUCCGUGCCUUCUGAUCCAGAGUCUGCACUGCCGACGGUUUGUGAGGAGCCUUUGCGGCGUUUCUUCGUGGCGUGGCUGGAGACAAGAUACUUUUUCAAAUUAUUCUUGGAUUUUUCUUUUUCAAUUUGACUUUGAUUGUGUCCCUUUGACUUUAAAACAGUCCAAGAUCAGCACAAAUUCCGCGAUGAAGACACCUCUCUUUCGACGGCUGGAUCGGGAGCUUCGUGAGAGGCGUGAGGUCAUGCUGAAGGAACGUGGUUGGGCCGCAACUGCUGAUGAACAGCAAAAAGACUUACAAUCGCCGUAAAAUAAAAGCCAACCUUCUUCACAAAGCUCAUAGAUUGCCUUAACCAUGUCGCCACGUUGGAUGCUUGUUGGUGACAAUGGACUGAGCUGCAGCUGACUGGGUUCGAAUUGAAUAUUCUUGAAGCACAAACUCAGGG